UGACUUUAGCUGGCAGGAGAGAAGCUUGGUGAAGAGAGGAUGGAUGGCGUCAGCUGGAGCACCACACGGGCCCAGGAGUCGUUCAGCCGCUCGAGGACAGCAGGAGACACACUGUCCAGGCUCGCCAGCUUCAUCGCACGGGCUGACCCAAAGCCGCACGCACCAAACAAGAGGCAGCAGCCAGCCCACUCGCCCUACGCUUGCCAAGAAUGUGGCAUUCUCCCUGCGCUCGUCCUUACAGCUACAUAAGUGCAAUCACGAUUCUUCCCCCUGUGAACUCUGUAAUGGAGAGACACAGCCGGGUCCUCCGUGCCCUGCGUGCAGUCUAACCUCAGAUCCUGGCAGGCUGCAGGACAAGUCACCUCACCGCCAGCCUCACCUCAGUAGCCCUUACGCGUGUGCCCUGUGCGGGAGAGGCUUCAGCCAAAAGCAGGCUCUGCUACACCAUCAGCAAGCUGGCUGUAGUGAACCGCCAUUCCCAUCUGAUAUAGUUGAUGCAGGCAGCCUUCCAGAUGACUCUCCACCAGCUUCUGAGGGAGACUCGACCUGUUCGGAUUCUUCAGACACCCCAGGGCCCAGCAGCAGAGCUGUAAGUGUGUGCCAAUUCUGUUCGAAAACGUUCCGCACGGAGGCUGGACUGCAACGCCAUAAACAAACCAACCACUCAGAGGAGUGGCUGAUGGCUGCACAGGGACAAAAGGCCAAAGGAGAAGGUGCGGGUGGAGAAGAGAGCAAAGGAGAGACUACCAAAGUGAAUGGAAAUCUAAUUAAAAUGGCAAAAUCCAAAAAAAAGCCUCUGGCCUGUCGCUCUUGCGACAUGGUUUUCGGGAGCACCUCGAUGCUGUACGUGCACAGAAAAGAGAAGCACAGCAGAGAGAAAAUCGCCAGGAGAGAACCACGGCCACGGCCCGUCAUCAUCAAGCGCAGAAAAGGAGGCGCGUAUCCAUGUCAGAUCUGCGGCAAAGUCUUCGUCCAUCAUUUGUCACUUCGGGCACAUUACAAACAGCACACAGCCUCAAGCUUCAACGCAGUCAAAAACAAAAGCCAGCCUGAAGGAUGUACCACCAAAGAGUCCGAGUUAUCAGUAAAUAGACCAAAUGACGCAAAACCCCACACAGCAGAAAACAAGACUGUUAAGGCUGGUCGAGGGAGGCCCAGGAAAACGGUCCGAUUAAAGAACAAGGUUAAUGAGCCAGAGAGAUGCAGAGCAGCGCCUGAAGUGAAGAAGGAGGUGGAGGAUGACGACGAACAGGACGAACAGGAGAGGGAGUUCCCAUGCCCGUCCUGUGCAGAGGUUUUCUAUCUGCAGUCGCAGCUAAGCGAGCAUGUGGAGCUCCACCAGUCGUCCGUGAAGAGGAGACAGUGCAGCGUGUGCGUAAACGAGAUGGACACCUGUAAAUGGCCCGGCUCAAAGAGGCAGAGGCUGUACCACUGUGUGCCUUGCCAGCAGGGUUUCUCAGCACUGGACACUUUCCUAGAACACUGUCAGAAGCAUCUGCGAGUCCGUGUGGAGGAGGACAGCGUCACUGAGGGCUACACACAUCAGGCCAGCAAAGCCUGAGGUGCAGUUUUGAAUGUCGUCAGCGAUUUUGCCUAUUUUGCCUUCUAGGGUUAGAGAGCGGAGAGUGAUUUAUGUAUGGAAUUCUUGUUGAUCAACCAGUUCAUUGAUUGAGCAUUCAGAACACCUUGUUUUUAUAACCAACAUAUCAAGGAAUGAAUUGUUAACGUACCAUAGCAGGAUUUUUGCAUGUUUUUUACUAGGGCUGUUCGAUUAUGGAGAAGAAAAAAAAAAUCAUAAUCCCGAUUAUUUUGGUCAAAAUUGAUUAUCAUGAUUAUUUAACAUGAUUACUCAUUGCCUUUGGUAAGAUGUUGUAUUUAGUGAACUUAAACAAUUGAGUCAACAGUGAAAAAGCUCCCCUAAUACUUUUCCCGUUUGAAUGAUUUUUUUUUUUUUUCCGUUCAAAACAAAA